UCAAGGACAAGUUGGCGUUAUAAUGGCAAUGUUUGGGACUAUCACUGAGUUUGUGGAAGAGAACGAGGACUGGACGGAAUAUGUGGAAAGGUUGGGACACUUUUUCUUGGCAAAUGGAAUCAUAGAUGAGGCUAAACAGCGCUCUAUCCUCUUGAGUGUGUGUGGGGCUAAGACCUACAAGCUAAUGAGGAAUUUGGCUACACCACGGAGACCGGGAGAAAUUCCUUUUGGGGAUCUACUUGCUCUCGUUCAGACUCACCACAAUCCAAAGCCGUCAGUGAUUGUCCAGAGGUUCAAGUUUAACUGCCAUUUUCGGAAAACAGGUCAGUCUGUUGCUAACUUUGUUGCUGAAUUACGUGAACUCUCUGAACAUUGUGAGUUUGGGGCUAUGUUAGAGGACAUGCUCCGUGACAGAUUAGUCUGUGGCAUUAAUGAGGACAGCAUACAGCGCCGGUUGCUGGGGGAAGCCACACUGACUUUCAAGAGAGCAUUGGAACUAUCUCAAGGGAUGGAGAUGGCUGCUAGUAAUGUGAAAAAUAUUCAAAAGGUCAACAGUGAAAGUUGUGCAGUGCAUCAGGUGACAAAAGAGGUGGCAGGAAAAAGGGGAAAAGCAGUGGAAUGUUUCAGAUGUGGAGGGACACAUUAUGGUAACAACUAA